AUGUCCACGAAUGCAUCUUCUUUAGCCUCACUAACACUGGAAACACUGGAAUUAUCUAACGCAUAUGUCUACCCGGCUUUUUUGUUCGGGACUUUAACGUAUCUGUUUAUCAUGUUUUGCAACCUGUUGGUUUUAACCUCCAUUGCUUGGAGUAAAAAGCUGCACAAGCCCAUGUUUAUCCUGCUGUUGAACUUGCCCAUUAGUGACAUGGUGGGUGCUACAGCUUUCUUCCCUCAGCUUGUUCACAGCAUUGUGACGCAGAAUAGACUCAUCUCCUAUCCUGCAUGUAUUAUUCAGGCUUUUCUGAUUCAUGUUUAUGGUGCAGGAAACUUGCUGAUCUUGAGUGCCAUGGCUUAUGACAGAUAUGUCGCCAUAUGUUGUCCUUUGAGGUAUAAUGCCAUCAUGACUCCGCAUAACUUAGUUAAAAUUAUUAUCUUAAUAUGGUUCAUAAAUUUCUCAACCAUGGUCACACUGAUUUCGCUGCUUGCACGAUUUAAAAUCUGCAGGACAAAUUUAGUCGAUUUGUACUGUAAUAAUCCGUCACUGUUGAAACUGAUGUGUGAGGACACCAGACUGAACAACUACUAUGGAUUAUUUACUAUAGUCAUACUCCAAGGAGGACCACUGUCAAUAAUAAUAUACACAUACGUGCAGAUUUUACGUACAUGUAUUAUGACUAAUGAGUCUGAUGCCCGGCGAAAAGCCAUUCAGACAUGUGGGUCACAUGUAGUCGUUUUCCUAAUCCUGCAAGUCAAUGCUUUUAUUACACUUAUUGCUCAUCGUAUUGAGGAUGUGUCGCCUUUUCUCAGAAGAGCUCUCGGUGUGUCGAUUUUAGUUUUCCCCCCUUUUUUGGACCCGAUUAUAUACGGACUGAAAACCAAAGAACUCAAGCAAAGUAUACAAAUUUUCCUAAAAAGAAAUGUAGCUUCAUCAGAGCUGUGA